CCUUCUUCCGGGUAACUAACACACACACACACACACACACACACACACACACACAGCGCGAAAUUAUACUCCAAACAAUUAUUUGGUGUGUGAAUUAGAGCAUGUCUGAUGUGUGGAGAUCUCAGCCUUGUUCCAGAUGUGCAGACUGGAUGUCACAGCUUCCUUCAGAACUCCUUGAUGUUCCUUUAUGGAAUCUUACCAUACCUGGUAGUCAUGAUACCAUGACGUACUGUCUGGACCGCAACAGUCCAGUCCUGAGUUCAGAGCCCUGGAUACUGACCGUGCUGGACCACGUCGUACCCUGUGUCAUUCGGCCAUGUAUAAAGAAGUGGGCCACCACUCAGGAGCUGUCGAUUUGCAGCCAGCUGGACUCAGGAAUUCGGUUUCUCGACCUAAGGAUUGCCCACAAGAAAAAAGAUUUGAGCUGGAUGUUUUAUUUUGCUCAUGGAAUAUACUCUCUCCUUACUGUGAAGGAGGCUCUCACUGACGUCGCUGACUGGUUAGUGUGUCACACUAACGAAGUCGUGAUCAUCUCCCUGUCUGCUUUUGAAGAUGUCACCCCUGUGCAGCACAACAACCUCAUUAACUUUUUGAUAGAACUCUUUGGCAAGAAACUCUGCCCCAAAUCAGAAACACCUUCUCUGAGAACAUGUUGGACUUUCGGUUAUCAGGUGAUUCUUUCCUACGCUGAUCCGUCUGGGUCUGAGUUUGAGGAACUUUGGCCUGCAUGGGAUUAUUGGUGGGCCAACGAGUCGGACCCAAACCUGGUCAUUUCAUAUCUUGAGCAUAAGAAGGACACAGGAAGACCAGAUGGUUUCUUCAUGGCCGGUUUAAACCUCACUGAAGAUACCAGAUACGUCCUCUGUCAUCUCACACAGUCUAUGAAGAGCAUGACGCUCCAAGCCUACACUGUUCUAAUGGACUGGGUCAAAAAGCAGCACCCUGGUUCCCUGAAAACAUCCAUCAAUAUCAUCUGCGCAGACUUUGUCGGGAUUUCGAGAAACGAAUUCUGUGAGGUUGUAAUUGGACUCAAUACAAAACACUGAAAACAGGAGAGAAAAGUGAUGCACUUUUCCAUAAAGACCUGCUUUGAUAUUUAGACGUAUCUUUAAUAUUUAUAUUUUCAUAUAUCUUGUACAUGACUGUACAGUUUACAGAAAAAAAGUAAUUUCUCAAGAUUUUCUCAAGACUUUCUCCCUCCCCUUCUCACCCUUCUCUCCUCUUCCCACCUCUUCCUGACACAUAGAUUAUUUAGGGAUUCACAGGCAGUUAGUUGAGCCUGCACUGUUCCUGUGCACCGGGUGACGCUGCUGCAUUAGGCUUAGAGCCACACAGUAGACAGAUGGUUGAGGAGAGCCAGGAGGAUCUCAUUACACAGUCUUAUGAAAGCACCCCGGAUACAAGUGGUGAAAUGUCUGUGUGACCCUCCUGUUCCUCUACCUUGCACUUCUUAACACCAGUUUGAGGAAAUCUGGAAAGUGGGAAGUCUAGAACUAUUUCUGAAGAAACAUGAAGAAAGAGGAUGAGGACCUUUUCACUGAAGAAGGACAGCAGGAGAGCAGAGAGGAUUAGAACGAAGAAAACGAUAUGGAGAUGGAGAGGAAAAGCGGUAUAGUAGAUAUAUUCUAUCUAUCUAUCUAUCUAUCUAUCUAUCUAUCUAUCUAUCUAUCUAUCUAUCUACCUGCCUAAAUAAAUAAAUAAAUAAAUAAAUAAAUAAAUAAAUAAAUGUCCAAACAUGAGAUGAAAGAAAAGCUUAUUCAAUAAUAGCGGUUCAAACAAAUGUUUUUCCAUUCAUUAAACCUCUGAAAUGACAUUAUGUUAUCAACCAUGCAGCAGAAUAUAUUUCUGGCUGUUUACGUAUAAUAGAACAGUUUAUCCUCUAUAGUAACUAAUCAAAAAGCAAAUUAAGGCACUUACUACACAUUACAUUUGGCUGGAGUUUAUCCUAAGUUGAAUUCAUCCUCAGAAUAAACCCAGAGCUCUUAGUGGACUCCUGUUUAUACUGUUCUAUAAAUACAAGCAAACUGAUUCAUUUAUUGAAUUUAUUGUCCUAUAAUAUGGAGAGUAUUAUGUGUAACUUAUACCGGAUUGUAUUUACCUCAAAAAAUAGUAUUAAUGUUUAUCUAUUUAUCCAGUUAAACUAAAACUCUCUCUCACUCUCAUUUUCUACCGCUUAUCCGAACUUCUUGGGUCACGGGGAGCCUGUGCCUAUCUCAGGCGUCAUCGGGCAUCGAAGCACCCUGGAUGGAGUGCCAACCCAUCGCAGGGCACACACACACUCUCAUUCACUCACUCACUCAAUCACACACUACGGACAAUUUUCCAGAGAUGCCAAUCAACCUACCAUGCAUGUCUUUGGACCAGGGGAGGAAACCGGAGUACCUGGAGGAAACCCCCGAGGCACUGGGAGAACAUGCAAACUCCACACACACAAGGCGGAGGCGGGAAUCUAACCCCCAACCCUGGAGGUUCAGCUUAGCACUAUGCAUUUGACUCAUUUGACUCCAGUCAGCAUGAGGCAUCGGCUCAAAGACUGUGAAGCAAGGAAGGUUCUUCGCUAUCAGCUUGACUAAAAUCAGGAUGUGAAGAAUGAAUCUAAACCUUCUCCAUCAUCUGCCAACCCAAACUUAGUCCUUAUUUGACUCACUGAAGAAUCAGAACUCUGUUUACUAAGCUCUAUUGGUGUGUUGCUGGUACAUGAUCAAUAUAGGUGUAGGUAUUUAUAUAGGUGAGAAAAAAGGAGCAUGAACUUGACCAGGAUUUGACUGAGAUGGCGGUGUGUGUUGCAUGGUGACACAGACAACACUUGUCUUAUUUGCCAUGGUGAUUUGUGUAGAAGAUGAGGAACCGUCCGGGAACUGUACUGUUCACACAGCUUCCGCAGUGAAGUAGGAGACUUCUGCCUUUCAACAAAGAUAGGAAAUUGUACAGAAAUACUUUUUUGUUGUGGGUUCCCUACAAAUUUAUAUGGAUUUGAACAUAAAUAUGCAAUAAUAAUAAAUCAAUAAUAGAAUAAUAAAAUUUGACCAGACUUGACAUACUAUUGACAUAUUACCAACCUAUUUUACUAAAGAAUAUACUGAAAAGUAUAUCGCCAUGACUUUUUGAGAAUAAGCAAUUAGUUUAGUUUAGUUUUAUUCUCAAUGAAAUUAAAAAUUCUGAAUUCAUUUUCAGCAAAGUAAUACAUCGAUUUUUCAUGAUCCAAUCCAGUCUGUCAGAUUUUCUCACCAUUUGGUUAACUGACGGGGGGCACGGUGGCUUAGUGGUUAGCACGUUCGCCUCACACCUCCAGGGUUGGGGGUUCGAUUCCCGCCUCCGCCUUGUGUGUGUGGAGUUUGCAUGUUCUCCCCGUGCCUCGGGGGUUUCCUCCAGGUACUCCGGUUUCCUCCCCCAGUCCAAAGACAUGCAUGGUAGGUUGAUUGGCAUCUCUGGAAAAUUGUCCGUAGUGUGUGAUUGAGUGAGUGAAUGAGAGUGUGUGUGUGUGUGUGUUUGCCCUGCGAUGGGUUGGCACUCCAGGGUCCAGGGUGUAUCCUGCCUUGAUGCCCGAUGACGCCUGAGAUAUGCACAGGCUCCCCGUGACCCGAGGUAGUUCGGAUAAGCGGUAGAAGAUGAGUGAGUGAGAGUGGUUAACUGACAUUGGAGCUGUAAGAUUUAUUUAUCCUUCACUUCAUGUCAGUCAAAAGACAGUGAUGCAGCGGCGCUUUAGUGCUUAACCACUCUAACUCUCUACCUUAAAAGUGCCCUAACGCUUCACUGCUACAUAUAAAUCUGUCACAAUAAAGUUCUAGAGAUAAGUGGAUUUCAAUCAAGAUGGGAUUGACUGAGACUUUAAUAAAACCUGCUGUUCAACUCUAAAAAUUUGAGGAGCCAUCGACAGGUCCAGACUGCAGACGUUUCAAAAGUGUUGAUUCAAAAUGAGGACACACUUCAUGGAAUUCAGCGUUUUCAUAUCCUGUCUGUUUCUUGCCAUUUAAACUGAACGUCAAUAAAACAUCUGUGUGUUAAAGUGUGCCUGCGGGUUCAGGCCCAAAUAUUGUGCUGUUUGAACAAAAAAUGUAAAGAAAAAUCUAUUCUGUAUAAAUUUAUGUUGAAUCUUGCUCAAGUCUAUACAUGAUUAUUAACUUGCUGUAUUAAAAACAGCAAAUAUCAUAAGAUUCAUAAAACACCCCUAUUUCUUUUUUCCUUUUUGAUCCAACAUGUAAACAAUAUGGAAUCUACAUUUUUAAGGUGUUCGGUAUUAUCUGAUAUUUCAACAGAUGGAUUAUAUGCAUAUAAUAAUCUGUUUUUAAAUAAUAAUGAGGUUUAGGGAUUUUUUUUUCAGUUAGCCAUGAAGUGAAUAUUGCAUUAAUAUUGUUUCUAUGAAUUUAUAUGUAAUCUAGACUUUAUAUAUAGAUUUAUCAAAUACAUUCUAAACAAAACAUGUACAAGAUAUGAGAUAAGAUUUUUUUUGCAUGAAUCAUUUUAAUAUUAAGUUGAAUGAAUAUCAAUUUAUUAAAAUGAAUAAACAAUAAACAAUUAA